UUUCUUAACGAAAGAGUGAGUAAUUGAUUGAAAUUUAAUUUUCCCGAUCACCUCCUCUUCUCUGUAUCAGUUUCGGCGGCGAGGUUGCAGAAACCAUUAGCCGCAUUACUUGUCGCCAUGCCUACCGUUAGCGUCGGAAGGGACCGUCUCUUUGCUGCUUUAGGAAAAAAUUACACUCAAGAGGAGUUUGAAGAACUCUGUUUCGAUUUCGGGAUCGAGCUCGACGACGUUACAACGGAAAAGGCCAUUAUCAGAAAAGAAAAGCAUUUGGAAGAAGAGACCGAAGAAGACGAGGAAGUUAUAUACAAAAUUGAAGUUCCAGCGAACAGGUACGAUUUGCUUUGUCUUGAAGGGCUCGUGCAAGCUCUUCGCAUAUUCAUCGGGAUUGAUGAGAUACCUAAAUAUACAGUGUCCAACAUUCCAAGUGAAUCCAUGCUUAAGAUGCAUGUAAAACCAGAGACAUCUUUGAUACGUCCCUUCAUUGUUUGUGCGGUUUUAAGAGGUAUAACCUUUGAUGAAGUGAGAUAUAACAGUUUUAUUGACCUUCAAGAUAGGCUCCAUCAGAAUAUAUGCCGGCGGAGAACCCUGGUUGCUAUUGGAACUCAUGAUUUGGAUACAAUACAAGCUCCCUUUACAUAUGAGGCGUUGCCCCCUUAUGAAAUAAACUUUGUGCCAUUGAAACAGGUGAAAAGCUUCAGAGCUGAUCAACUAAUGGAAUUUUACAAAUCAGAUCUGAAAUUGAAGAAAUUCUUGCACAUAAUUGAGAGCUCACCAGUAUUUCCUGUUAUAUAUGAUUGCAACAGGACGGUUUUGUCCUUACCUCCAAUUAUCAAUGGUGCUCAUUCUGCAAUUAGUCUGAAAACAAAGAAUGUCUUCAUCGAAUGUACAGCCACUGAUUUAACGAAGGCCAAAAUUGUUCUGAACACCAUGGUGACAAUGUUUUCAGUAUAUUGUGAAAGGAAAUUUCAUGUUGAACCUGUUGAAGUGGUUUACUCUGAUGGGAAGUCUAGUGUUUAUCCUGAUCUAUCAGUAUUCAGUUUGGAGGUUCCCUUGUCUUAUAUCACUGGUUCCAUUGGUGCUUCUCUAGAGGCAAGUCAGGUGUCUAGUUUAUUGAAUAAGAUGCAGUUGCGAGCUGAGAAGUCUGUCUCAAGAGAUGGAAACAGUAUUGUUGUAUCUGUACCUCCAACUAGAAGUGACGUUCUUCAUGCUUGUGAUGUGAUGGAGGAUGUAGCCAUUGCAUAUGGGUUUAAUAAAAUCCCAAAAACAAAGCCAGCAUCAUUGAAGCCCAUAGCUUUGAACCAGAUUAGUGAUCUUCUUAGAUUGGAGAUUGCAAUGAAUGGGUUUACAGAGGUCUUAACAUGGAUAUUGUGCUCAUACAAAGAGAAUUUCUCAAUGUUGAAUCGCAAGGAUGACAAAUCAACAGCUGUGAUCAUUGGAAAUCCUCGUUCAUCGGAUUUUGAGAUUGUUCGAACAAGUCUCAUGCCAGGUAUAUUGAAAACUGUUGGGCACAACAAAGAUCAUCCAAAGCCCAUAAAGAUAUUUGAAGUGGGUGAUGUAGCAGUGUUGGAUGAAGCAAAAGAUGUUGGUGCGAAAAAUCAACGCCAUCUUGCAGCUCUAUAUUGUGGUGCUAACUCAGGUUUUGAGUUAAUUCAUUGCCUGGUAGACAGAAUCAUGGAAGUAGUUGGAACGCCUUUCGUUCCAAUUGGGGACAACUCUGGUUAUUAUAUUAAGCGUUCAGAUGAGCCUGAAUUUCUUCUGGGUAGACAAGCUAACAUCAUUUUCAGAGGAAAUCACAUUGGGACCUUUGGUAUUGUGAACCCGGAGGUCUUAAUUAUUUUCGACAUUCCGGAUCCUUGUUCCUUUGUAGAACUUAACAUUGAGUCCUUGUGGAGUUAAUUCUAUCAGCAGAAAUGUGUUCGGGGAAUACAAGUGCUCAUGUUAUUGCUAAGCAAGCAUAUUCUCUUUGUAGAUCUCAUACCUGGUCUCUUAUUCCCGAUUUUCCUCAAUGUAACCUUUAAGCAUAUACUGGAAACUCUUGAACGAAAUUACUUCUGGGUUUUCACAAAAAAAAAAGAUAAUUAGAUUUAUGUAAGACAGCAUCAAUUGAGCGGCAGUUGUUGCAGAGAGAGAGAGAGAGGGAGGGAGAAGAAAUUGGAGAGAGAAAGAGACUAGCAGUAUCUUUUAUUUAGAGACUAGUAGUAUCUUUUAUUUAUUCUUUUGGCAGGUCUUUGGAAAGGAAGCCUACAUAUUCCCGGUC